UCCAAAUUCAUUUCCUUCCCCUUCAAACUUUUUCUCCUCUUCUUCUAACUAAAAUAAAAAUAAAAUAAGUAAUCCACUCACUCUUUUCAGAAAGAAAAGAAAUCCAAAAUUCAAGAAUGGCAAUGUCCAGUGGCAUUCUUGCCGUUGUGUCUUUGAUCACUAUCUUUUUUCUGUCACUAAUGAUCACAGCAAGAGUGCUUCCAAUUCAUCCUUACUUGAAAAUUAAAGACAGUACACCCAUUUCUCAAUUACUAUAUGAUACUUCCAACUAUGGUUUUCUUCAAAUUGAUAAUGGCUUGGCUCUAUCUCCUCAGAUGGGGUCCGUUUUUUCCAACUCCUGUCCCACUUUCUUGAUUAAGUUUGAUCUCUCAUGGAGUACCUGGAAUUUUUUCGCUUGCAAUAUAAAUGAAACAGUCAUCAAAGAAACAGCUGAUGCACUCAUCUCAACUGGUUUGGCUAGCCUUGGUUAUACUUAUGUCAACAUUGACGAUUGUUGGUCCAGAUUGCCACGAAAUUUGAAGGGUGAGAUGGUUCCUGACCCAAAAACUUUUCCCUCCGGGAUCAAAGCUCUAGCUGAUUAUGUGCACUCUAAGGGACUAAAACUUGGUGUCUAUUCUGAUGCCGGGGCUUUUACAUGUCAAGUUCGGCCAGGUUCACUGUUUCAUGAAAAAAAUGAUGCAGAACUUUGGGCAUCUUGGGGUGUUGACUAUUUGAAGUACGACAACUGCUACAAUCUAGGCCUCCCACCACAAAAAAGAUACCCACCCAUGCGCGAUGCCCUAAACGCAACUGGACGGACUAUAUUUUACGCACUUUGUGAAUGGGGCGUUGAUGACCCUGCCUUAUGGGCAGGAAAAGUUGGGAACAGUUGGCGUACAACUGAGGACAUCAAUGAUACAUGGGCAAGCAUGACAACUAUUGCUGAUAUCAAUAACAAGUGGGCGUCCUAUGCUGGACCUGGUGGAUGGAACGAUCCUGAUAUGUUAGAAGUUGGAAAUGGGGGCAUGAAUUACCACGAGUACAAAGGCCACUUUAGCAUCUGGGCUCUGAUGAAGGCUCCGCUUAUAAUUGGUUGUGAUGUCAGAAACAUCACUGCUGAAACUUUAGAAAUUCUUUACAAUAAAGAGGUUAUUGCUGUUGACCAAGAUCCACUUGGCGUUCAGGGUAGAAGAGUGUACGCUUCCGGACCAGAUGGUUGCCAGCAGGUUUGGGCCGGUCCAUUGUCUGGAAACCGUUUAGCUAUGGUACUCUGGAACAGAUGUUCAAAAGCUGCAACUAUUACUGCUAAAUGGGGUGCCAUUGGACUAGAACCCUCUAUUAGCGUCUCUGUGAGAGACUUGUGGAAGCAUGAAGCUGUUUCAGAAAACACGGUGGGCUCCUUUACUGCUCGGGUUGAUGCUCAUGGAUGUGAAAUGUACAUUUUAACUCCACAAAGAGCGACUCGCACUUCAAUAUGAUUGAAGUGUAAGAGUUUAUGGCUUGUACAACCUCAAUAAUAGGCUUCCCUGUUACUUCUAAUGUAUAUCUGUGUCCAUCAGUUCUCUUCAUGGUCUAAUCUAUUGGAAGUUCAGUUUGAACUUGAAAUCUGGUUAGUCAACUUUGUAAAAUGCUCUCCCACGUGAAUAAACUUUUUAUGUUAUUAUUGAAAGUGUUUCUGGAAA